AUGGCUGAGGUGGGGAAAAUACUGUACAUGGUGGUGGUGGACGAAGGUGAGAAGAAAGACAAAGGGAAAGAGUCGUUUCGGUAUACACGUCCUGUUCUGCAGAGUACACUGCAGCUGAUGGGAUGUAAAGCGCGACAUGCCUUCAAGAUCAGCCAAAGAGUGUUUGAACUCACAAGGAGUGGGAGUUCUACUAAUGCUUUGCAGCCUGAAGGAAUGAUUUUAUCAGAUCUUGAUGCUCCUAAGGAAAAUAUUGUGAGAAAAGAUUGCCAUGAAGCUGCCCUUUGCCUGGGUAAAACAGACUUAGGCAACCCUUUACUUUUAGGGAAAGAUUGUGGAAGUAAGAGUGUACCAUUUGAGUUGUACAAAAGGCGUACUACUGCAUUUAUUCGGAGAGAAAGUUUUCUAGAUAUUGUCUGUGAUGCUCUGGCUGAGUACAAGUAUUUGGGUCCCAACCAGAGAGCAGACUUGAUGCUAGCCUGCAGGAUCCGAGAACGGAAGGAAUCUGUGACAGUACUGUUGUGUGGCACUAGUGGCUGUGGCAAAUCCACAUUGUCUGCAUUGCUGGGUAGUAGGUUGGGAAUCACAACAGUGGUAUCAACUGAUUCUAUUAGGCACAUGAUGAGAAGUUUUGCUAACGAGAAGGAAAACCCCUUGUUAUGGGCCUCUACCUACCAUGCGGGCGAGUGUUUGGAUCCUGUUGCUGUUGCAGAUGCAAAGGCCAGAAGGAAAGCGAAAAAGUUGGCUGGUGUGUCACAUUCGAUUCCAAUGGAUGAAGUAACCGAGGGUCAUAACUGUAGUAAAUCUGAUAUUCGGACGAUGGAGGUUGGCUCUGGUACUACUGAACUGCUAAAUGCAAAACAAAUGGCUGUUGAAGGAUUUAAGGCACAGAGUGAGAUGGUGAUUGACAGUCUUGAUAGGUUAAUCACUGCCUGGGAAGAACGAAAAGAGUCUGUUGUUGUUGAGGGUGUUCACUUGAGCCUCAACUUUGUUAUGGGGCUUAUGAAGAAACAUCCUUCAAUCAUACCUUUCAUGAUAUACAUUACAAAUGAGGAUAAGCACAUGGAACGUUUUGCUGUACGUGCGAAGUAUAUGACGCUGGACCCAGCUAAAAACAAAUAUGUAAAGUAUAUCCGAAAUAUCAGAACAAUCCAGGAUUAUCUCUGUAAACGGGCUGACAAGCAUUUAGUUCCCAAAAUAAACAAUACAAAUGUUGAUAAGAGUGUGGCAGCCAUCCAUGCUACUGUCUUCAGUUGUCUUCGUAAGCGGGAAGCUGGGGAACAACUAUAUGAUCCUAUUAGAAAUACUGUAACUGUUGUGGAUGAGGAAUAUAGAAAUCAAUGUGCUGCCAAUUCUUUGAGCUCAAAAGGAAUGUUCCAAUUGAUCCAGAGGCAAGGUUCUUCAAGGCAUCUUAUGGCUCUUGUAAAUACUGAUGGGUCUGUGGCAAAGGCUUGGCCAGUUAAUGCAGUUGACAGUACUGGGAAGCCUAUAUUGGGUUAUGGACCAGAGAAUGGAAUUGGAAAUCCAAUGUAUGGACCGUUGCGGAUUGGCAAGGCAGAACCUGUAAACCUUCAGUUUGGUUUGUAUGGAAUCAGUGCAUGGCCCAGUGACGGUGGCACUAGUCGUGCUGGAAGUGUUGAUGAAUCAAGAGCUGAUGGGACUGAUACGGGUAGUAGAUAUCUAUCCUCAUGCUGUAGUUCACCAAGGCUGUCUGAUGUACCCGCGAAGGAGCUCAAGGAGGAGCUUUCAGUGCAUGGUAGUGAUGAAGAGAUUGAUGAUCAACUAGAGGUGGGCAGUGAUGAUGAUUUCAGUGACGAUGGUGACAAACAUAUCCAUGAGGAGGUAGGCUCAGUUGAUGAGGAAUCUACAAAAUCUGACGAAGAGUAUGAUGAUCUAGCAAUGCAAGAUGUGCUGGAAAAUGGCUAUUGGUCAGAUGACGAUGAGGAGUUAAAGGAUAAGGUUGUUGCUGUUCCCGGGGAGUUCGGAACUAAGUUGCAAGGGAAUAAGUAUCGUCAAAAUCUGGAUCUCUUCAUUAGAACUAGAAGUGAGCCAGUGCCAGAGACCCUGUGCUCUUAUUCCUCUUUCCUUAUGGAAAAGAGUGAACGGAGACUGUCACCAUCUGGCAAAGCCAGAUUGAGAAAACGUUCCCUUAGUAUUCCGGCAAUAAGAAAGGGUAGUUCGGCGAUCCAAGGUCCCAUCCUUUCUGGUGCUCCUCUUAGGUAG